CGUUUUUGUAUAUGAAAUGUAAAUAAAUGAAUUUAUCGAAAUGAGUUUGUUAGCAAGAUAUUCAAGAAGUUCCAUGACAAGAUUCAUGUUAGCUAAGUUAGAAGAAAGGCAGCAGCAAGAUUAUGCCGGCAGUAAAGAUCACUGGUACAGCAUUGAUAUACACAAGCUACAAAGGCCAUUGCAGAACAAGUUUGUACAAAGUCAUUUGGAUGAGGAAACAGAGACAUUCCUUUUAUCUUGCAUUGAAAAGUCAGGAUGGGUUUUUACACAGUUGUUCCACUCUUUGGUAAAGCUUUUUUUAGGAUUCAUGGUUUCAGCUACAACCAUAAAUGGCCUUUUAGAUCGUGGGAAGAUGUUUGUUUAUUCACAUGAACAAUUUAGGAAUUUGACACAGAUUGAUGAGAGCUGUACAAACAAAUCAAUGCUUGAUCUUGGUGCUGGUGAUGGCAUGGUUACCAAAAUAGCUGCACCUUACUUUAGAAAUGUAUAUGUGACUGAGUGCUCGUCUACAAUGCAGACAAGGCUGCAGGAAAAAGGUUUUAUUGUUGUUGAUGUUAAUGAAUGGACCAAUCAGAAGUAUGACUUUAUUACUGUGCUUAACCUCCUUGAUAGAGUCCACAACCCAGCACAAUUACUAAGCAAUAUUCAAGCAUCAUUAAAUCCAGAUGGAACAGUCUUGUUAGCCAUUGUUCUGCCAUAUAGUCCUUGGGUAGAAGAAGGCAGCACAUUUGUAAUGCCAGAAGAAAAAUUACCAAUAUAUGGAGAUACUGUUGAAACCCAGAUAAACAGUUUAGUUUUAGAUGUUUUGGAGCCUGCAGGGUUUCAUGUGAAAGCUUUCACUAAGCUUCCUUACCUUUGUGAGGGUGAUCUUUAUAGCGAUUAUUUUCUUCUGUAUGAUUACGCUUUUAUUUUAAAAUCAAAAUCAUCUAGAAAUGAGCAAAAUUGAUUAGCACUAAUUUAUUAUUAAUUUGUAGGCAGUUGCAAAGAAUUGAUAUUUUGAAAAUGAAUAUUUGUAUUUUUCAUUCCUUUUGCUUUUUUGGUAAAUUUGCUUUUGGUCUUCUUUGGUAAGAAUCUAUUGUGUUGCAUCUGGUGUCAAGGUGCCAUGUGUGAUAGAUAAAAAUGAUGGUAACGUUAUAUUGUCUCCUUGAUUUAUUCAAGUGCCGUCCAGGUUUUACAAUGAUUUUUUGGAUUUGUCUUAUGCUGAUGAAGCAUUGAAGAUGUGGAGCAAAAUUGUUGCUGCAUUCAACAAAAUUUGGAUAUUCAGAAAUGCUUUUCAGACUUCUUCCAACUGGGCCUAUAACAAUUUAGUUGAAAGUUUUGUAUUAUAGUUACAUUGUUUACAACUUGGUUAUAUUUACUUUUUCCUUACCCUGGUUACAACAUACUUUGGAUAUAACACACUAAAUCUGCUGGUCUCUUAAAGUAUGUUAUAACCAUCUUAUACUGUACUGAAAUGUGGCACUUAAAUUUGUGUCUAAUUAAGCUGGCAUGGAUCCCGUUGGAAAUUGAAGCUACCACAGCUCUAUUUGUUAAAACACAAUGUUAUAUCACUAAGAAUGGUCUUGACAGUUUUUGAGCCAAAAGUCAUUUUAUUGUCCUCCUGAAUUAAUUUUACUAUGUCUCACUAUUGUGAGAACAACAACACAUCACAGUUAUAUUUUGCAACUUAUCCCUCUUGGAUACCUCUGUUGCUAAAAAAGCCAUGCAGCUAAAAUAUUUUGCAAGAAUUGCGCAGCCAUUGGGCUAGCAGGGGAUAUAGCCCCCACUUUUUUGCAAUAAUAGGCUACAAAUUUUUUGGAAGGUUGAACCUAACACAUCUUUGCGUAGUUUACCUCUAUGUAGUAGCAGCUCUUCUUGACUGGGAACCUUUUUGUUCAUUUUCUAGGUGUUUUAUCUUGUGUUUAAUGAUAUGAUGCUUGGUUAGCUUGGUAACUCUCAAGCUAAUUUUAUCUAUUUUUAUAGUUAUCGAUAACUUCUCUAAACCAGACUGUUUAUAAA